CUGUACAUGCCCUAUUUUUCCAAGAAUGAGCCCUGUUUCCAACAACAGCAUGUAACACUGAGGACGAAAAGUUGCACAACGUGGUUUUCUUUUAUUGUUUUUUGAUCGUCUCAUUGGUGUAUUGACCCUUAAAGGUCCAAUUUUGUAGAAAACUUCACUCCCGACUCGUCAGUUGAGACUCAAAAAGCAACUUUUCUUACAAACACGACCUAUAAUGUGUGACUACAGUUCACAAGCUUCCUUGUUAUUAAGAUAAAUUUCAUCUUUCCAUUUGAUGUUCUCCGGAAGUAUUUGGUGUCUACCCUUGGGCAGGGCACCACCUCAAACUCUGAUUAAUGAAUUAUUAUACAACAAUUAAACUCGGAUCAUUUGUUGACUAGACAGUAAAGAAAACAUCCAUUUCACCGGAAACAAGCAUGACCCUGUCUGGCCCUCCUUUCUCUCUGAGUGGGCGCGAAUUUGUUUUUUCACGAGGCCACAAACCCUAUGGUUUAGUGUGCAGAGCUAUAUUUCACUGAAGACAUGAGAGGGGGUGGAGGAUAUUCAGUGACUGAAUGAAACAACUGUGUGUGUGUGUGUGUGUGUGUGUGUGUGUGUGUGUGUGUGUGUGUGUGUGUGUGUGUGUGUGUUCAAUCAUUAUCGUGCCAGAGUGUGUUUGUUUUGAGCUCUAACUCCCCGGAAAAAAAAUAAAAAAUACACCUUGGCGUGUCGACAGCCGAGAGAGACACUCCGGAAGGAAGUGAUGCAAUCAUUUCAAUUAAGACGACUUAUAUACAGUCAUGCUGGGAGUUUCCUACAGCAUAUCCACACAUCGAACUCUUACAGCCUCAACUGCCAGCUUCCACCCGUUGCUCGGGAAUAGACUCCGGGUUCUCCUGUUUGCAUCUGCAGCCACUGAACGAAGACCACCGACAGAAGAUUUUUGUCACAUUGGCUCUGACACUAACGGACAAGAAGAAUGAAGAUUACCAUUACGUUAUGCCUGAUUGGAGCAAUUUUUGCCAACCCAAUUUCCCAUAAUGUGGUUUUGGAAUCAAGCGAGUUUGAUCCAAACACGACUGAAAGUAUGUCUGUUUCACAAUCAUCUGAAAAUGACACUUCAGAGAUUAAGAGCUCUGAAGAAACUUCCUCAAGCCAAAGUCAGAGUUCAGAGUCAGAAUCUGUAGAAACCACAUCAGAGGACACGACUUCCGAGGAGAGUGACAGUCAAUCAGUUGAGGAUGACGAGACGGACUCGUUGGCUGAAACGAGAGACGACAGCAUGGGCAGUGAGGAGAACGUCAGAAAGAGUUGGGUUCGAGUGUUUGCAAGUGUCAUCAAGGCCCUGAGUGCAGAGGACAACAGCAGCACAGAGGUCAACGGAGGUCAGUCGGACCAACUGCCCGAGAAGCAGCCCACUCAAACCUCCACCGCCUCCCAUGGUGACACGAAGCUUCAGCUGGUGGAUAAGCCCGCCGCCAGCAGCGACACCACGAGCGAGAGCGCGGACACCGGUGAAGUUACCGCCGUAACAGCUGCCGCCAGUGACAGCAGUGAGAGCAACAGCAGCGAGAGCAACGAGACCAGCGAGACCAGUGACAGCAGUGACACCAGCGAGAGCACCGAGGACAGCAAUGCCAGCGACAGCAUGGAACAACUCAGAACCCCGGGCUGUGUGAACGGAACUGAGAGCUGUGAAAGCGAAGAGUAUUUCUUCCAGGACAUAGGAGACGACGGCCAUCAUCACUCAGUGGACAAUCUGAUGGUGCCAGACGAGGAUGAAAGGGAGUUAUUUCUAAGGAGAUGAUGACCUGCUCUUGUGCAGCUCCACUAUGAACUACACCAACAUUAAAAUGACGUUCCUGAUGAGCUCAGGAUGACACUCUUGCCCAUCACUUCUGAAUGCUGAUUUGGGCAUUAUAAUGUUAUCUGCAGCUGAUUUUUUUUGUGUGUCUGUGUGUGUGUGUGUGUGUGUGUGUGUGUGUGU